AUGGCCAUCAGCCAAACGCCCACGCAUUCGAACCCCAGCUUCCUGGCCGUGCUGCUGCAGGACGCGCACGCCGACGGCGGCCUGCAGGCAUGCCUCGGCGGACGGUGGGUGGACACAUACAUCGCCGGCGCCACGUCGGAGAGAUGGCGACCUCCUUGUCUCCUCGAGCUGGUCAGCCACGGGCGGUUCGGGAGUAGCGAGCACCGGGUACUGGCCAACCAAAACCAGAUCCCGGCGAGGGUGUCCGUGGCAUGCCUCGGCAACACCGACAUCGCUAGGUUCAAAAGGCUAUACGGGCCCUUCGCCGAGCUCACGUCGGGGCCGGGCGGCGACAGAGCGAGGGCGAGCGUGACGGUGACGGAGUUCCAGUUGCAAUACAACAAGAAAGGCCUCGACGGCCGGCCGGCGCUUGACCACUUCCGUCUGGACUAG